GUUUGGCUUUGCUUCACCGAGAAUUCCUGGCUGGGCGCAGUGGGCCAUCAAAACAAAAACAACACACACGCUAGACGGUUGCUAAUGUCCGAGGGGACCAACUUGACCUUUCUUCGAUAUCAGUUUGCUGUUUCACCAUGCUACUAAAGUCAUGUUGCAUUUACAGCACCGGAGCUUUGUCUAUACUACUUCUGAUCGCGGGCAUUGCUUUGGUCUUGUCUAACGUGUUUACACAUUUCGUACAGUCGGCCGUUGAGAAGGAAAUAGUUUUGAAGAAUGGCACUGAGGCGUUUGAGGCCUGGGAGAAUCCACCGGCCCCUAUUUACAUGCAGUUUUACUUCUUUAAUCUGACCAACCCCAUGGAGGUGCUGGAUGGGGAUCGGCCUGCUGUGAUUGAGAUUGGACCCUACACAUACAGAGAGUACCGGCCUAUGGAGAAAGUGGACUUCCAGGAUAAUGGCACUAAAGUAGCAGCUGUCAACACUAAGACCUACGUAUUCCAGCCUAAUAUGUCCCGAGGUCCAGAGAGUGACCUCAUCAGGACAGUUAACAUCCCUGCAAUGACGGUGAUGGAGAAAUUCAAGGACCAGGCUAUCAUCGCCAAUCUGAUCUCCUCCUACAUGCAGGGCACCGGGGAAGGCCUGUUUACCACCCACACAGUGGGAGAGCUGCUGUGGGGUUAUGAAGACGGCCUACUCAAAGCCCUCAGAACCUUUAUACCCGAGCUGGACGAUGUUUUUGGACUCUUCUAUAAGACCAAUGCUUCAAACGAUGGUGAUUAUGUCUUCUUCACUGGACAGCAAAACUACAAGGACUUUUCCAGAGUGGAUACAUGGAACGGUGAAAGCAAGCUGAAUUGGUGGUCAUCUGAUGAGUGCAAUAUGAUCAAUGGAACCAACGGAGCAUUUUUCCAUCCAGUCAUCACCAAGAAUGAGACACUCUACAUGUUCUCCUCUGACCUGUGCAGGUCUCUGUACGCUGUGUAUGAGGAGGAUGUGACGGUGAAGGGGAUCCCUGGGUAUCUCUUCAGUCCCCCGAGCAAGGUGUUUGCCAAUCAUACCGUGAACCCAGCCAACGCAGGCUUCUGUGUCCCUGCUGGAAAUUGCCUGGGCUCCGGCCUCCUGAAUGUCAGCCGAUGUAAACAGGGAGCUCCCAUCAUAAUGUCUCAACCACACUUCUACCAGGCAGAUGAGAAAUAUGUUCAGGAUGUAUUUGGUAUGAGGCCUAAGAAGGAGCAGCACCAGACUACGAUUGUUAUCAAUCCGCUGACCGGAAUCAUCUUGGAAGCAGCAAAGCGGCUUCAGGUCAACGUGUACCUCGAGAAAAUUCCCACCUUCAGCCAAACAGGAAACGUGAGGACAGUGAUCUUUCCUGUGGUUUAUAUCAAUGAGAGCGUUGUCAUUGACGACGCAUCAGCCAUGAAGCUGAAGGCGAUUGUUGUCAAGCAGAAUGUCGUGGUGAACAUUCCGUUCAUGCUGAUUGGUCUAGGCAUCGUUCUGGGAGGAGUCUUCAUGUUCCUGAUGUGCCGACAGAAGGUCCCCGAGAGCACUGUAGCUGAACGACAGCCCCUGCUCUCAUCAUAGCACCAAACAGUAUGUAAAAGGAGGAGGAUUGCCAUGUUCACAGUCUUUUACCAUUUUUUACCCAAGUAAUAGUUUGCAUUAAUAACCACAAUUCCACCUUUUAAACAGUUUUUUUAAUCUAAUUGUUUUAGGAAACAAAGUGAAGAGGUUUGUUACAAGGUUAGUGUCAAUGUCAUCCUAACAAGUCACUUGUAAGAAUGCUGAAAUCCCUCUUUUUUAAAUCAAAUGUUUCUCUUUUGUACGGCUUAAUAUUGGAUAAUGGAUUGAAACAACGUGAAUUGAGUAAUUUAAAUCUCCUACACAAUAUAAUUAGAAUUGUCUGGAGAGUUAGCCCUGACAUACUUCAACCACCAGGAAUGUA